GUAGCAACAGGGCUACUGCCGGGUCUGGAACUGAGUUUGGGGGGUUACUAAGGGCCGCAGGAGCUGCAGCCGCUGCCGCCGCUGGAGCGUUUGAUCGUUUGAAAUGUCAGGCUUUGAUAACUUAAACAGCGGUUUCUACCAGACAAGUUACAGCAUCGAUGAGCAAUCUCAGCAGUCCUAUGACUAUGGAGGAAGUGGAGGACCCUACAGCAAGCAGUAUGCUGGCUGUGAGUACUCUCAGCAAGGCCGAUUCGUCCCUCCAGACAUGAUGCAGCCUCAGCAGACGUACACUGGGCAGAUUUACCAGCCCACUCAGGCCUAUCCGCCACCUACACCUCAGACAUUCUAUGGAGACAGCUUUGAGGAGGAGCCCCCUUUGCUAGAAGAGUUGGGUAUCAAUUUUGACCACAUUUGGCAAAAAACGCUGACGGUGCUUCACCCGCUGAGGGCAUCUGAUGGCAGCAUCAUGAAUGAGACCGACUUGGCAGGGCCAGUGGUGUUCUGCCUUGCCUUCGGGGCCACACUGCUACUGGCGGGCAAAAUCCAGUUUGGCUAUGUGUACGGGAUCAGUGCAAUUGGAUGUUUAGGAAUGUUUUGUUUGUUAAAUUUAAUGAGUAUGACAGGUGUCUCAUUUGGUUGUGUGGCAAGUGUCCUGGGAUAUUGUCUUCUUCCCAUGAUCCUGCUGUCCAGCUUUGCAGUGGUAUUUUCUUUACAAGGAAUGGUAGGAAUUCUUCUCACUGCCACAAUUAUUGGAUGGUGUAGUUUUUCUGCUUCCAAAAUCUUUAUUUCUGCAUUAGCUAUGGAUGGACAACAACUUUUAGUGGCAUAUCCCUGUGCUUUGUUGUAUGGAGUCUUUGCCCUGAUUUCCGUCUUUUGAACUGAUUUUGUCUGGGACAUGGAUAUCUGUGGGCCGGAUUCAUAAAAAGGACCUUGGACUCUUAAAAUUGGACCAGCAAAUUCCUGCAGUACAGCUCAUUCCGCUUGCCAGUAGUCUGGAAGCAACAGAAGUAGACAAGUCGUGUUCAUCUGUACAGGAAGUUGAGCACAGUGGAGUCACCUGUUGGCUACUCUCUGAGUGUGCUUAGACCGCUAAGAAGUGCGGUCGAUGUCUUUCCUGACCCUGCAGCCUUUAACAAACAAUUCUUCUUCCUUACAAAUUAUGAUAGGAUGUUUUUGAUAGAUUUUUACCAAGUGGAAAACCAACCACAAAGCUGAUAAUCUUUCUUAGAAACACCCAGUUAGAGUUAAAGAAGAAACCAAUUUUACCACGGAAAUAUUUUUCAAAGGAAUUAGGAAAGAACAUACUCGCUGCAUCCUCAAGAUCAAUGCACUGAGUUAAAGCUGAACAAAACAGGAUCCCAGUGUAGAGCUUCUGAGUUUGCACCUCAAAUAUUCCACAUUCCUAUAAGUUGUCUCAUGAAAUCUGUGUUGAGAGUCAGAUACAAGCAGUUCCCGGUCUACCUUACUGUAGAGAUGAAAUGUGAACAGCUCUUUAGACAUGAGUGUCAGCUAAAUCUGGACUGGCCACAUGAAUGCUUAGUUCUGUCUCCACAUGUCCCAGGAAAAAGAAAUCACCAAGUUUUGAGAAAACAAUAUUUAAAAUUUCACAAUUUCAGUAUUGCAUUAUCGAUGUAUAGUGGAUUUGAUGCUUAUUAAAUUUUUCCCAAUUAAACUCUGCUGUGGAGUUUACUUUCUCUAAA